AUGGGACACGACUAUUCCGCGAAAGAAUCGGUUGAGCCGAGCCCACAAGAUGACACUAGCGACAGCGAUAGUUUGAGAUAUACUCAGCAAGUUGGUGGGAAUACCACCAAGGCCACAUACCAAGAGGUGUCAGGAGCUCCUGUGGAGGUCAACUCCCCGUUGGGCUAUUCGGUUGGAUGGGUGACAGUUAUCUUUCUCAACCUGAGUAAGAUGAUAGGGACCGGUGUCUUUUCAACGCCAUCGAGUGUUGUCAAGGGGGCUGGCUCUGUGGGCCUUGCAUUAUUCUAUUGGGUUAUUGGGUACUUGAUGGCAUCUAGCUCUCUAUCUGUCUACCUGGAAUUUGCCUCGUACUUCCCUAGUCGAUCCGGCUCGGAAGUGGUGUACUUGGAACAGUCCUACCCACGACCGAAGUAUUUCUUCCCGACUGUUUUCGCAAUGCAGACUGUGCUUUUCUCAUUCAGCAGUAGCAAUGCUGUUGUUUUGGCACAAUAUCUAUUCAAGCUCGCUGACUCGGAAGCUACACCAUGGAAACUCAAAGGGGUGGCUGUGGCUUCUUACACAGUUGCAGUAUUAUUGCUCGCGUUCAAUACCAGAUGGUCUCUCAGAUUGGCAAAUGCAAUCGGACUAGUAAAGCUCAUCACCUUGAUAUUUAUUGGAAUCAGCGGGUUGGUUGUUCUCGGAGGGCAUACCUCAGUCAAAGAUCCCAAGGCCAACUUCCGAAAUGCCUUCGAUGGCAGUGAUGCGGCCACCGCCUAUGGAGCUACGAACGCAUUGACCAAAGUAUGGUUUUCAUAUGCAGGCUAUGAAAAUGCCUUCAAUGUGGUCAACGAAGUCCGACACCCUGUCAAAACAUUGAGGUGGAGUGCCCCGUUGUCGUUGGGUGCAACAGCGACGCUAUACAUCCUGGCAAACAUAGCCUACUUCAGUGCUGCGACAAAAGAAGAGGUCAUUGAAUCAAAGGUCGUUGCUGCUGGUCUCUUCUUUGAGAAGGUGUAUGGAACUGGGAGUGCUGCUUCGGCGCUGAACUUUCUGAUCUGCCUAAGCGCGUUUGGAAAUCUGCUCGCCGUUCUCAUUGGCCAGUCCCGUAUGCUACGAGAAUGUGGAAGGCAAGGUGUUUUGCCAUUCACCUCAUUCUGGACUUCCACAAAGCCCUUUGGAACGCCACUCGGUCCUUACUUGGUGAAAUGGGGACUUACUGUGGUGAUGAUUUUGGCGCCGCCCGCCGGUGAUGCCUUCAACUUCAUCGUGAAUCUUGGUGUUUACCCAGCAUCCUUUUUCGGUUUACUGCUCACCAUAGGGCUGCUGGUCACUCGAAUCCGUCGUAAGCGUCUGAAUUUACCAGCCCCCGAUUAUCAGGCUUGGCACGUAACCAUCGCAUUCGCUAUUCUCUCGCAUCUUUAUAUGGUGGUCAUGCCAUGGUAUCCACCUAGUACUGGAGCCACUGGAGGCGAUGUGAGCUUUUGGUAUGCGACAUAUUGCGCUGUGGCUCUUGGAAUCAUCGCUACGUGUGGAGUUUACUACUAUGUCUGGAUCAAGCUUCUCCCCCGACUCCAAGGGUUCCGGUGGCACCAGACGGUCCUCAAACUAGAGAAUGGCGCUACGGCUCAUCAGCUUGUGAAAGUGCCUCAUAAGGGGGACUAA